GAAAACCGGCUCCGACCGGAUCGGAUUUUUUUUCCUUUUUUUUUAUUCCCUUUUUUUUCCCCUUCUCUUUUUCCCUUUCCCGCGAGGGCUGAUGGGAAGCAGUCCGUCAGCAUCCCCCUUUUCUUUUGUUUAAUAUCUCCAACGGCGCAUGAUUGGCAGGGAAGGGCCCGCUCGGAGCCGCUCCGGCUCCGGCCACGCUCCGCAGGGGGAUGGAUCCCCCUCCUUCCCGACCCCUGGCUCCUCCUGCCCCUUCCCGCUGCUCUCCCCCCGCUCCCAGCCUUAAUUUUCCUGCCAACUGGAGCCAGCAGCGGGAAUCUUGGACCUGAUGGAGCGGAUGACGGAGGACGCACUGCGGCUGAACCUACUCAAGCGGGGCCUGGAGACGGGGCCGGAGGAGCGCGAGGACGUCCUGGCCAAGCGGCUGAAGAUGGAGGGCCACGAGGCCAUGGAGCGGCUCAAGAUGCUCGCCCUGCUCAAGAGGAAGGACCUGGCGGGGCUGGAGGUGCCCCACGAGCUCCCAGGAAAGCCCGACGGGAUCAAGGGCUAUGAGGAGAAGCUCAACGGGAGCCUGAGGCCCCACGGGGACGGGAGGGGCUCGGCCCGGCCCGGCAAGGAGAACAUCAACGACGAGCCCGUGGACAUGAGCGCCAGGAGGAGUGACCCGGAGCGGGGCCGCCUGACGCCAUCCCCAGACAUCAUUGUGCUGUCGGACAACGAGGCCUCCAGCCCCCGCUCCAGCUCCCGCAUGGAGGAGCGGCUCAAGGCUGCCAACCUGGAGAUGUUCAAGGGGAAGAGCCUGGAGGAGCGGCAGCAGCUGAUCAAGCAGCUCCGGGAUGAGCUGCGGCUGGAGGAGGCCCGACUGGUGCUCCUGAAGAAGCUGCGACAGAGCCAACUCCAGAAGGAGAACGUGGUCCAAAAGACCCCUGUUGUCCAGAACGCUGCCUCCAUCGUGCAGCCGUCGCCGGCCCACGUGGGGCAGCAGGGCCUGUCCAAGAUCCCGGCCCGGCCCGGAGCCCAGGGUGUGGAGCCACAGAACUUAAGGACACUGCAGGGGCACUCGGUGAUCCGCUCGGCCGCCAGCUCGGCGCUGCCCCACAUGUUGAUGUCCCAGCGCGUCAUCGCCCCCAACCCGGCGCAGCUCCAGGGGCAGCGGCUACCGCAGAAACCCGGCCUGGUGCGGAGCAACACCCCCAGCAUGACCCCCACCAUCAACUACCAGCCGCAGUCCGGCUCGUCGGUGCCGUGCCAGCGCUCCUCGUCCUCUGCCAUCUACAUGAACCUCGCAUCCCACCUCCCAUCGGGUUCUGUGGCCCGCGUGUCAUCGCCGCUGCCGAGCCCCAGCGCUCUGUCCGACGCCGCCAAUUCCCAGGCGGCCGCCAAGCUCGCACUCCGGAAGCAGCUGGAAAAGACACUCCUGGAGAUCCCGCCGCCCAAGCCGCCGGCACCGCUGCUGCACUUCCUGCCCAGCGCCGCCAACUCUGAGUUCAUCUACAUGGUGGGGCUGGAGGAGGUGGUGCAGAGCGUCAUCGACAGCCAGGGGAAGAGCUGCCCGGUGUCCCUGCGCGUGGAGCCCUUCGUGUGCGGGCAGUGCCGCACGGAUUUCACGCCGCACUGGAAGCAGGAGAAGGGCGGGCGCAUCCUGUGCGAGCAGUGCCAGACGUCCAACCAGAAGAAGGCCCUGAAGGCCGAGCACACGAACCGCCUCAAGAACGCCUUCGUCAAGGCCCUGCAGCAGGAGCAGGAGAUCGAGCAGCGGCUCCAGCAGCAGGCGGCCCUGUCCCCCACAGCCGCUCCUGCCGUUCCCAGCGUUGGGAAACAGGACGGGAUCCUGCGCACCACACCGCUCCCGCAGGCCCCGCAGCCCCAGAGCAGCCUCCAGCGCGGAAUUCCCACCUCCGCCCGCUCCAUGCUCUCCAACUUCGCCCAGGCCCCGCAGCUCUCCGUGGCCGGGGGACUCCUCGGGAUGCCAGGGGUGAACAUCGCCUACCUGAACGCCGGGAUCGGUGGCCACAAAGCGUCGAGCCUGGCGGACCGGCAGCGGGAAUACCUGCUGGAUAUGAUCCCGCCCCGCUCCAUAUCCCAGGCCAUCAGUGGACAGAAAUAGCGCCCGCUGCCCCCACCCGCCUGCAGUGCCUGCACUGGGCCAACUGGGCCGGACUGGGCCAGACCGGGCCGGACUGGGGCCUCCGCUCCGGGGAAACGCGACGAGAAACCGGAAAAAAUCCCACCUGGGAAAACAGACAGACAGACAAACCGACCCCACCCCCACUUCAGACAGCACCCGCUCCUUCUCCCAGCCCCAGUUCCCUCGGUUUUCCAGCAGGGAUCGCUCCCUGGGCGUGAGGCUGGGGCGGCUCUGGCCGCUCGCCGCUGGUUUUGUAUUGCCGACGCUUUUUCCUUGUGUUGUGGAUUGUUUUUUUGCCCUUUUUUCCUUAUCCCCCCCCCCAUUUUCCUUCGCUCCCUGGAUGGUUAAAGCUUUUUUACCCCUUUUCCAGAAGAGACUUUGGCAGGGCACCUUCCCAGAAUUCCAGGCCCUAUGGGGGGGAAUUUAAGGGCAGCCUGUGCUGAUUCCGGGGGGAGUUGGGGUCCCAAACCCCCUUUGGCUCCGAUCCCAGGGGUCCCAAACCCCCUUUGACUCCAAUCCCGGGAGUCCCAAACCCCCUCAGCUCCAAUCCCAGGGUGUCACAGCACCGCAGCUCUGAUUCCAGGGUGUCACAUCCCCCUUGGCUCCAACCCUGGGAGCCAUAAAUUCCUUUGGCUCCCAUCCCAAGGGUCCCAAACCCCCUCAGCUCCGACCCCAGGGUGUCCCAACCCCCAGGGCUCCACAGAAGGAUCCACGAGAUGCUGAUCCUGACCCCUUUGGAUCCAAUCCCGGGGUGUUAAAACCCCCUUGGCUCUGCAGGAUCCAGGAGACGCCAAUCAUGACCCCUUGGAUCCCAUCCCAGGGAUCACAAACCCCCUGGGCUCCACAGAAGGAUCCAGGAGACGCUGAUCCCGACCCCUCAGAUCCCAUCCCAGGGCACCACAACCCUGUUGGCUCCGCAGAAGGAUCCAGGAGACGCUGAUCCCGACCCCUCGACUCAGAUCCCGGGGAUCACAAACCCCCUUGGCUCCAAUCCCGGUGUGUCCCAACCCCCUGGGCUCCAGAAGGAUCCAGGAGACGCCGAUCCUGACCCCAUGGAUCCCACCACUACCCUUUGGAUCCCAUCCCGACCCUGGGGCUCCCUCAUCCGGAGCCUGCUGGGUGUCCCUGGAUGUCCCUGGGGCCGACGGACAGAGCUGGACCCGCCCCUGGGGUUCCCUCCCUGUGACACAAAGGGACCCCUUGAGGUGCCACCCUGGGAUGUCCCUGUCCCUGUCACCCUCUGGGGCAGGUGGUGAAGCCAAGCUGGGUGGCCUCAGGCCUGGUGAGUCCCUCUGUCCCCAAUCCCAUCUCCAAUCCCGUCCCAAUCCCUGCAUGUCCUGGAGCCACUUGCCCAUGUCACCUGUGUCCCCUGGGAACGGUGACAGGGUGGCACUGGGGUCUCUGAUGUCACCUGUGUCCCCUGGGAACAGUGACAGGUGACACCAGCAUCCCCUGUGUCACCUGGGGGGGUCCCUGAAUGGCACCAGGGUCUCUGGGGUCCCCUGUGUCACUGGUGUCCCCUGGGGGUGGCACUGGGGGGUCUCUGGUGUCCCCAGGAGGUGUCAGGGACACCCCAAACCAAGGAAUGAGCCGUGAGAAAACGCUCGAUUUGCACUUAAACCUUCACGGGCCC